AUGCAAUCACAACAUGGAGACUCGGACAAAGAUAUCAGCAGGGAGGUUACUGCACAAGAUGUGUCAGGAGACUCUGUGAACGACACUGGUAACAAUGCUACCCCAACAGAAAAUGAAGGCAAUUCUGUCAACCAAGUGUAUGGACUACAGGUGCAACCAGAAAGUGCGGAGCAAGAAUCUGAACAGAAGAGUAUUGAAAAUGCAAUUAAUCAAAGGCAGUCUAAAGACAGCUUGAAUGAGUAUGGCACUGGAGACACCUUCCAAAGAGUGCAAAAGGUUGUUAAAACUCAAGAGAAAGCCAUCAACUCUACGUCCAGAGGAGAUCAACAGAAUGAUGAACAAAAAUCAGACGGUGAUCACAAAUCUGUAACCAGCUCAUUCGGUCAAAAGGCAGAAGAAAAGAGGGGCUGUGUAAGAAUGACAAAAAAGAUUCUGCAAGACAUCUGUAAAGAGCAGAAAUUAUAUUUGACCCCGUACUUAAAUGAUACGCUUUACUUGCAUUAUAAAGGAUUUGACCGCCUGGAGAAUCUUGAAGAGUAUACUGGAUUGAAGUGUUUAUGGCUGGAAUGCAAUGGCUUAACAAAAAUUGAGAAUUUGGAGACUCUGACAGAGUUGCGUUGCCUCUACUUGCAACUCAAUUUAAUUAACAAAAUUGAAAACCUUGAACCCUUACAAAAGCUGGCUUCCCUCAAUAUCAGUAACAACUACAUUAGGACCAUUGAGAAUCUUUCUUGUCUGAAAGCCCUGCAGACUCUGCAGAUUGCUCACAAUAAGUUACAAACAGUGGAAGACAUACAGCACUUGCAAGAAUGCCCAAGUAUUUCUGUUCUCGAUCUUUCCCACAACAGCCUAAGUGAUCCAAAUAUUAUAACUAUUCUGGAGACCAUGCCUAAUUUGCACGUGCUGAAUUUGAUGGGAAAUGAAGUGAUAAAGAAAAUCACUAAUUAUAGAAAAACACUUAUUGUUCGACUAAAACAACUAACAUAUUUGGAUGACAGACCAGUUUUCCCAAAGGAUAGAGCCUGUGCAGAAGCUUGGGCUGUUGGAGGGCAUGAAGCUGAGAAAGUGGAAAGAGAAAAAUGGGAAACCAGAGAGAGAAAAAAAAUCCAAGACAGCAUCAAUGCUUUAGCAGCAAUCAGGCAAAAAGCGGAGGAAAAGAAAAUACUAAAGCAUGUGGAAGAAAGAGGUACAAGUGCAAAAUGUGGAAGUGGAGGUGCAACAGACAUCCUAGAAGGAGCACCUGCAAAUUCACAUGACAGUGAUGGAAAUUCUAAUACAUCAGAGACUUCAAGUAUAUCAGAAGAGCAAAAAACUCAAGAGAAGACUGAGAAAUUUAGAAAUGAAAGUUUUGAUGCUUGUGAUGAUGUGAUAACACUUCUACCAAAUAGGGGAGAGAACACAGAUUUCACAUCUGGAAAUAUUCCUACUAGAAUUCAAGAGGAUGCACAAGAAUCAGACUCUUACAGACGCCCAGACUUCAGCAAGGCGACAGACGAUCUACCAGGAGAGAAAGCAGCUACUGAAAAAGCUGUGCUUCCUGGGCUGGAUGAAUAUGCUGAAAUUGAACAGAUCAAACUGGAGACAUCGGAGAAACUUUAUCUUGAUGAACUGCCUGAUUUAGAAGAUAUAGAUAUGAAUGAAUUUCCCCCAGAAGAGGAAACCUUUGCUGGAAAGGAGUAUCACCCAAAGAUUGAAAUAAUUUCUGAAAUUACAAAUGACAGUGAUUCUGCAUUAGAGGAAAACAGUACAAGCAUGUUUGAGAAUUCAACAGGAGAAGUUCCAAUAGCAAUUUUUUCAAAUGUGUGUAAGAUGCAUAAAGAGCGUGGAAAGGAGCACUUAAGGCCCUUUGUUGAAAGCCUCUUUACAGAGCCUGCUAAUUCAGAAAGAUACCUGGAGAGCAAAGAUAAACAAGCAACCCCCUUGAAACCCUGGAUACAAGAGGUUAUCACCGAACCCAAGGAUAAUCUACUAUUGUCACCAGUCUGCAAGCGACCAGAUGACCCAAGCCUCGGGGAAGGGGACGGUAAGAUUACAGUUGCUUUAACAGGGAAUGGCAGUGAGGGAGAAGUGCAGUGCCUGGCCGGGGGUGAAGGAUGUCCUCACGGAGUACAAGGUGACAAAGACAGUGAGAGUGGAUUAGACUAA